AUGGUGAAUCUCAAGAAAGGUCCUACUCACGCUGACGAUGUUGCCAUUGCUCAGGCUGAGGCACCUGAACUUGAGAGGGUUGUUUGGCACAAAGAUCCAGGCUUGAGGAAGCUGUAUUUCUAUGCCGCGAUUAUCUGUAUCGCCUCCGCGACCACUGGUUACGAUGGAUCUAUGUUGAACAACAUCCGUAUCCUGCCUCAAUGGACAGAAUACUUCAACGACCCUCAAGGCUCCAACCUGGGCCUCUUGACUGCGCUUUACAGUAUUGGAUCCAUUGCAAGCUUGCCAGUCGUACCCUUUGUCGCUGACCGCUUCGGCCGCAAGAUUGCUAUCAUUGCGGGCUGCAUCAUCAUGAUCAUCGCCGCGGCCAUCCAGGGUGCUUCACAGAACCUUGCAAUGUUCAAAGGCGGACGAUUCCUGAUGGGUUUCGGCAACAGCAUGGCUCAGCUGUCCUCUCCUCUGCUGUUGACCGAACUCGUGCACCCCCAACACAGAGGUCGUAUCACCGCCAUCUACAACUGUCUCUGGAACUUGGGUGCCAUCAUCAACACGUGGCUGUCAUUCGGAACAAAGCAAAUCGGCUCUGAAUGGUCAUGGCGAAUCCCCACCAUUAUCCAAGGUGCACCCUCAGUCAUCCAGAUCAUCUUCAUCUGGUGGAUCCCCGAAUCCCCCAGAUGGUUGAUCUCGAGAGAUCGAGGCGAUGAGGCUCUUGCGGUACUUUCCAAGUAUCAUGCCAACGGCAACAGCGCCCAUCCCACCGUCCAAUUCGAAUACGCCGAGAUCAAAGAGACCCUCCGUUUGGAGUUUAUCGCGAAGAGGACGUCAAGCUAUUUGGACUUCCUCAAGACCAAGGGCAACCGAUACCGAUUCCUCCUGGUCGCCUCCCUGGGUCUCUUCUCGCAAUGGUCUGGAAACGGCCUGAUCUCGUACUACUCUACCGACAUCUACAAGUCCAUUGGAAUCACCAACGCGAACACCCAACUCGAGCUCAAUGGCGGCAUGGUUAUCAUGUCGCUGAUCGUAUCAUGCACGUGCGCCUUACUCUGCGAUCGGGUUGGUCGACGACCACUUUUCCUCGCCGCAACACUGGGCAUGCUUCUCUGCUUCAUCAUCUGGACCAUCUGCUCGGCCAUCUACCAAGAUACCGGCAACAAGGCUGCCGGCCAAGCAGUCAUUGCAUUCAUCUGGAUCUUCAACUUCUCGUACGCCUUGGCCUGGUCGGGAUUGCUGGUCGCCUACACCGUGGAAAUCAUGCCAUUCAAGAUCCGCGCCAAGGGGUUGAUGAUUAUGAACUUCUGGGUCCAGGUCGCGCUGGUCAUCAACCAGUACGUGAAUCCCUUGGGUUUCAAGCAUCUGCAGCCCAACUGGAAGCUGUACACCAUCUAUACUUGCUGGAUUGGCUUCGAGCUCGUUUUCGUCUACUUCCUGUAUGUUGAGACCAAGGGACCUACACUUGAGGAGAUCGCCAAGAUCUUUGACGGUGAGAACGCUGAGGUUGGUCACGUCGAUUUCGACAAGACUGCUAUCGUGUCGGGCAUGGAGAAGAAUGAAAGUUCUGUCGAGCACCGCGCGGUUGUCUAG